UAUAUCAGUUAGAAUGCCGAGAGUUAACAUAAAGGGCGGUGUUUGGAAAAACACCGAAGAUGAAAUCCUCAAAGCAGCCGUCAUGAAGUACGGCAAGAACCAGUGGUCCAGAAUAGCAUCGCUUCUUCAUCGUAAGUCAGCUAAACAGUGCAAAGCGAGAUGGUACGAGUGGCUGGAUCCAAGCAUCAAGAAAACAGAAUGGUCACGCGAGGAAGAAGAGAAAUUGCUUCACUUGGCUAAACUUAUGCCAACUCAGUGGCGAACUAUAGCUCCGCUAGUGGGCCGAACCGCAGCUCAGUGUUUGGAACAUUACGACUACUUGUUGAGGGAAGCUCAGAGGAAGGAUGGUGAUGUUGAUGACGAUGCUCACAGGUUGAGACCUGGGGAGAUAGAUCCUGCUCCGGAGACUAAACCCGCUCGUCCUGAUCCUAUUGAUAUGGACGAAGAUGAAAAAGAAAUGUUGGCCGAGGCCAGGGCGAGAUUAGCUAACACACAGGGAAAGAAGGCAAAGAGGAAAGCUCGAGAGAAGCAGUUGGAAGAAGCUAGAAGAUUAGCGACAUUGCAGAAGAGGCGUGAGUUACAAGCUGCUGGGAUUGAGGUUAGGAAGAGACGAUUGAGAAAAGGCCUCAUCGAUUACAAUGCCGAAAUUCCCUUUGAGAAGAAACCAGCUCUAGGAUUUUAUGAUACGUCUGCCGAGACAAUUGAUGUCUCGGAUCCUAACUACAAGAAACUCCGUCUACACGAAUUAGAUGAGAAAAGGAGAGACGAAGAAGAACAGAGGAAUCGACACAAGGACAAGGAUAAGUUGACAAAACGCCAAGAAGGAGAUGCUCCCGGUGCAGUUCGACAGCUCAACCAAAUGAACAUGAUCAACCCAGGCAGAAAGCGAUCUAAAUUGGUCCUUCCUUCUCCUCAGAUCACUGAGUCGGAACUAGAGGAAGUGGUGAAAAUGGGUAGAACCAGCGAGAACAUAGCAGCUGAGGCAAGCGCGGCUGGAUCUGGAGCCUCGAACAUGCUCCUCUCAAACUACACCUUCAGCACUCCUGCAGCGGGUUCCAACGCGGGUUUGAGAACUCCGCGGACUCCAGCCACAACCACCAGCAUCAUGGCGGAAGCAGCAAACAUGCUGGCUCUCACCAAUGUAGAAACUCCUCUAAAGGGCGGCACUAACACUGCUCUCCAGGACAUUGACUUUAGUGGUGCAACCCCUGCCUCCAAAGUGGUGGCUACCCCUAACACAGUUCUUGGAACUCCAGUAGACAGUAGCGACUUCAACGCUACUCCUCGAGUGAACGGCUCUCAAACCCCCAUGUCAGUUCGAGAUCAGUUGAGUAUCAACACUAACGGAAGUGAAACCCCGCUGCUCAACGGAACGUCAAAACUCAGCUUAAAAGAAAGUCUGACCAACCUGCCCAAACCGCAGAACGAUUUCGAGAUAGCAUUACCCGAGGAAGAGGGGGAGGUAGAGCUUGAAGAAAAAAAGAGGAGCCUGAUAGAAGACCAGCAGGACCUGGAUGAGAUGACGGUAGAGGAGAGACGUCGUGCUGCUCAGGAGAAGUGGAAACGUGAGAACCAGGUGAUUCAGCGAGCUCUGCCCCGACCAGGUGGCAUUAACACUAGCAUAUUGAGGAGCAACCUUGGAGAUUUCCAGCUAACUGCCCUCCAGACCGCAGAAGAGAAGAUCAAAGAAGAGAUGGUUCUUCUUUUGAAAUAUGACUCCAAGAAACACCCUCUGGGAAACAAACCUCCCCCAUCCGGCAACCAGCCAGAACUCCCCAUCUACACAGACGAGGAACUAGAAAGGUCACGCGACCUGCUGAAGAAGGAGGUCGAGACUGUGAAGAAGGGGAUGAAUCACGGAGAUCUAACUAUUGACGCCUACUCUCAAGUCUGGGAGGAGUGUUACAGAGAGGUCAUGUUCAAUGUUGGUCAGAGCAAAUACACCCGGGCUUCUAUGUCUAGUAAGAAAGAUAGGAUUGAGUUCCUGGAGAAAGCGUUGGAUGUCAACCGACAGUUGAUGACAAGAGAGGCAAAACAAGCAGCUAAAAUCGAGAAGAAAUUGAAGGUCAUUCUGGGAGGUUACCAGGCGAAAGGCAUGGCUCUUUCUAAACAAAUCGAGGAGAUUAACGAUCAACUGGACACGGUGUCGGUUGAAGAUGUAACUUAUUCAAAGUUACGUGAAGCAGAACAGUCUAUCAUACCCUACAGAUUACAAAAACUUCAAGAUCAUUUACAGCGUCAGACUGAGAGAGAAAAGAGUCUUCAGGAAAAGUUCAAAUCAUUGUUAGAUCAGAGAAAAGAGUUGACUAUUGAUAUCGCGAAACUCGGUAUUUCUGCACUGUGAGAUGAUUCAUGAGGACGAAUUGAGUGUUCAUAAAAUUUUUAUAUCAGAAAAGAUGGUUUUGAGAUGCUGGCUUUUUCUCUAUUUAUAAUGUUUAUGUAUCGAUUGUACCUUUUAUCCGUGUAGAGAAAGUCUCAAGACUAUAACUCUACGGUUAUUCCAACCAUACUGCCGCGCUUUUGGCCGAUCGAAAUUUACAAGCUGGCUACAUUACAUAUUGUAUUUUUGUAAAUAAAGAUUCAGUAUAUUCUCAACUAUUCUUAUCAAGUUUAAAUAAUUGUCUUAAGUCAUUACUCUUUACUGUUUAAUACAUUGUGUGUGAUUUGAACUUUAUAUAUCAGCGGAUAUACGUAAUUUGUAAGGCGGGCACUUUUCAAAUGAUUUGUUUCCAUCGCAUCAGUAAAAACUUAUUGAUUGCUCUUCUCAGUGCCUUCUUUAUUUGUAUUAGGUUACCAAAUGUCAAUUCUAACAAUAUUCUACAUAUUUUUAAACCGAAUUCAGACACAACCGUAGUGCACCGAUUUGAAAUUGGUCUUUGGCUUUCUUAAGUUUCUUUCUUUAACCAAGUGUCAACUAUUGAAUUGGUUGUUAAAUGUAACCGAAAUCUGAUUGGUUGCACUAUCAUAACACAUCAUCCUGAAGUCUCCUGGGUUAACACUCACCAAAGGCCAUUUUCAAAUCGGUCCACUAUAAUGCCUGCAUAUUGAUACAAAAUUUCGUUGACUUUGGUAAUCUAGGUUAUUUUAUUACCAUAAUUAAUUGAUUAAAUGAAUUUUAUUAUGUUAC